AUUGGUUGGCUGGCCUGUUAUAUUUUAAUAAUAAAAAAAAAAUUCUAUAUAUAUAUAAUUAUUUUAAUUAAUAUUUCGAGUAAUUGUCUCUUUAAAACGAUGAUAGAUCUGAUCUUAUUAAAUAAAUAAAAUCCUAAAUUCAAUGGUAUGGUAAUUAUUAGAAUUUGAAUUCUUCCUCUCUGUUGUUUGAAAUCCCUCCUUCCACGUCCAAGCUAUUGUUGAUCUUGAUUGGCUAAAUUGAGAGGUACACGUGCGUACUACGUCAUUUGACCGCGGUCCUUACGCUAAGCUUCAGAAUUCAGAUCGCCAAGAUGCGGUUUCAUACGUUGUGUUCCUCAACAUUGGCAACUGACAGAGACCAGAAUAGAAUCCUCCAGAACCCGUUUUCACAAAAUCCAUCAAAAUCUACUUCAAUCUAAUAUUCUAAUCUCUGAUUCUCUGCUAUGCUCACCCAUGUGCAGAUCAAAACGCAGCACAGACGUAGUCUCAUCAAAUCGGCGCAACUCCCGCUCUUCCAGAUCCUCCUUUAAGUCCAAAUCUUCUUCAGUGACUGUCCCUUCUUCUGGCAACUUAACCAGCAAUGAUUUCUUCUCAAAAUCAUCCGCUGAUAGUGUUGCUUCAACAUCCCUCACGACUCUCAGAGAAUCUUUAGUGGAAAAACCCCACAUUUACGACUUCUCAGAAAUCCGUUCGGCUACCAAUAACUUCUUGUCCGACAAGUUCAGCUCCUCCUCUUCUUCCACUUCUUGGCGUUCCUCAAUCCGGGGUAAAGAGGUAAUCAUCUUUCAACGCAAGUUGAGGCGUGUUUUGGAGUUGGAACAGUUAUGUGAGAAGUUAUCUGUGAUUUGUCGUAGUCAUCAUAGUAGUAUAAUCAAGCUUUUGGGUGCUUCUGUUUCUGGGAGUUAUAUAUAUCUUGUGUAUGAAUAUGUUUCAGGAGCAAAUCUUUCAGAUUGUCUGAGGAAUAAAAAGAAUCCAGGUUUUACAGUUUUGUCCUCAUGGCUCUUGCGUAUGCAGGUCGCUGCUGAUCUUGCUCAUGGUCUUGAUUAUAUUCAUCAUUUUUCGGGUCUUAAUUCCAAUGUUAUUCAUAAUCAUAUUAAGUGUUCAAGUAUUAUAGUUAGUGAAGGAGAUUCUGAUUCUGGGACUUUGUGUGCAAAGUUUUGUCAUUUUGGAACUGCUGAAUUGUGUGGUGAAGUGAUGGGGAAGAAUGAUUCUAAAGUGAGGAAAAUUGAGGGGACUAGAGGGUAUAUGUCGCCAGAGUUUCAACUUUCUGGGGUUGCUUCUCAGAAGUCUGAUGUGUAUGCUUUUGGUGUGGUGAUAUUAGAACUGUUGUCUGGGGAUGAGGCAUUAAGGUUUGUUGUGGAUGAGGGGAGUGGUGUUUAUAGGAGGAUUAGUGUGAUUGAAAGAGCAGGUGAGGCGGCAGCUGCUGGUGGUGGUGGUGUGAGGAGGUGGGUGGAUAAGAGGUUGAGGGACUCGUAUCCAGUGGAGGUAGCUGAGAAUAUGGUACUGCUGGGUUUGCAGUGCGUGGAUGAGGAUCCAGAGAAAAGGCCUGAUAUGAGGCAUGUUACAGGAUUGGUUUCUAAGUUGUAUUUGGAGUCCAAGACUUGGGCUGAGAGUAUUAGCCUGCCCACUGACUUUUCGGUGUCCAUUGCGCCUAGAUGAGGGUGAUUUUGUUGUUGAUUCUUUGCGUGAUUCUUUCAGGGUGGAAUUUUGUGGAUACUGAACCCAUGGUGAAUAAUAUACUGACAAGAUUUUGGAUUAUAA